UAUUUUUUGGUCUAUUUCUCUUCGGUCUUGCCCUUCACCAGAUCCCUUGACCAAAUUUAGGGUUAGCAUAUUUUGUAGCUACAGUUACAUGGCUGACCGGAACAAUUCAUCGGCGAUUACAGUGACGGCAGCGGUGAAACCGAUAUGGGCGAAGCAAGCAGAGGAAGCGAAGCUUAAGAGCGAAGCAGAGAAAGAUGCGGCUGCGAAAGCUGCUUUCGAUGCCACGUUUAAGAACGUCGAAGCUUCAGCCACUACGGCCGCAGCCGCAUCCGACAGUGACUUAGACGACGAGGAAUAUGAGCAGAAGAGGCUUGCGGAGAAGCCGAUCGGUCCGGUUGACCCUAUAAAAUGUACGGCCGCCGGUACUGGAAUCGCCGGUGGAACAGCGUGUGCUCCGUCAACUUUCACCGUUGUGACGAAGGAUUCUGAUGGUCGUAAGGUACCACAUGGUGGGGCGCAGGUUAAGAUUAGAGUUUCACCUGGUGUUGGAGUUGGAGGAUCAGAUUUGGAAGGAAUUGUGAAGGAUAUGGGUGAUGGGACAUACACAGUGAGUUAUAUUGUUCAGAAGAGAGGAAAUUAUAUGGUGAAUGUUGAAUGUAAUGGAAAGCCUAUCAUGGGUAGUCCUUUCCCUGUUUUCUUCAGCACAGGCAGUACUACUGGCGGGCUAUUGGGUAUAGUACCGUCAGCCACAUUUCCAAAUAUGGUCAACCAGAACAUGCCUAAUAUGCCAAACUAUUCUGGUUCUGUAUCUGGGGCAGUCCCAGGAUUGCUUGGGAUGAUACCAGGUAUUGUUCCUGGAGCUUCUGGAGGUGUAGUUUUACCUGGAAUUGGAGCAUCUAUUGGGGAAGUUUGCCGAGAGUACCUUUAUGGACGAUGUGCAAAAACUGAUUGCAAAUUCAAUCACCCCCCUCACAAUCUUCUAAUGACUGCUCUAGCUGCGACCACCAGUAUGGGAACACUUAGUCAAGUGCCCAUGGCACCUUCUGCGGCUGCUAUGGCUGCUGCUCAGGCAAUUGUUGCUGCACAAGCUCUUCAAGCGCAUGCUGCUCAGGCACAAGCACAGUCUGGAAAAGAUUCGUCUGGUGACAAAGAUAGAAAGGCCGAAUCCCUUAAAAGAACUUUGCAAGUCAGCAAUCUCAGUCCACUUCUGACAGUGGAUCAGUUGAAACAGCUGUUUGGUUUUUGUGGUGCAAUCAUUGAUUGUAGCAUUACUGAAUCCAAACAUUUUGCUUACAUCGAAUACUCAAAACCCGAAGAAGCAACUGCUGCUUUAGCAUUGAACAAUAUAGAAGUUGGUGGUCGCCCCUUAAAUGUUGAAAUGGCAAAACAACUUCCUCCAAAGGCAGCUGUCUUAAAUUCAUCAAUGGGCUCUUCUUCUUUGCCCUUGAUGAUGCAGCAAGCAGUAGCAAUGCAGCAGAUGCAGUUCCAGCAAGCCCUAUUAAUGCAGCAAGCUAUGACUGAACAACAAGCUGCUAAUCGAGCUGCAACCAUGAAAACUGCUACAGAUUUGGCUGCCGCAAGAGCUGCAGAAAUAAGCAAGAUGUUGAAAGCGAAUGGCCUGGUUUCUGAAGAUAUGGAAACUGAUGACAAAGCUAAGUCACCUUCUCCCAGUCGUGCUAGGUCAAGAUCCAGGUCGCCAUCCAAAUCUCGAUCCAGAUCAAGAUCUCCAAUAAGUUAUAGGCGAAGGCGGAGAUCCCGUUCUUUCUCUCCUCCACGGAGAUCAAGAGAUUAUAGAUCCAGGUCACCUGUGAGAUCCCGGCGCUAUUCAGGCUAUGAAGAUGAAAGGCGGCCAUAUAGGGAUGUUAGAUAUGCUAAUGAAAGAAGUCGAAGACGGGAUUUUGUUAGAUUCUAUGAUCGUCGUUCUCCUGUUUCAAGGAGAAACAGAAGUAGAAGCGCAAGUCCUCGAACUAGAAAAUCUUACCGUGACGAUUCAGGCUCACCAAAACACCGCCGAGAAAGUCCAGCACUUAAGACAAGUAGAGCUUCUCGUCAUGAGUCACUAUCGCCUGAACAUAGACGAAAAAGUAGGUCAUCCCCAAAAGAUGGUGAAAGAAAAUCAAAAUAUAGCAGGCGCUCGAGAUCAAAGUCUGCUGAAGUUAGGGACCAGUCUGAUGAUAAGCUAGAAGGAAGCAGGGGUGAGAAAGCCAGGCAGAAGGAUCAAAGAAGGUCAGCAUCACCACAGGUUGAUGAAGAUGCACAGAAGAAAAUGUCACCGGAAGUUGUGGAAGAAAGCAAGUCAAAGCAGAGAAGAGCCUCCAGGUCCAGAUCUCCAGAAGAGAAGCAUCUUUCUAGCAGAAGCAGAGAAGAGAAAAGAAAGCAUCAUGCUAGAAGGCGCUCCAGGUCAAGGUCCAAAUCUCCUGAAGAGAAAGUUCACUCAAGUGAUAAAGUAGACAGAAAUAAAGGAGAUAAACCUAAGCAUCGAAGUAGAAGGCACUCAAAGUCAAGGUCCAGAUCUCCUGAAGAAAAACAUCAUUCAAGUGCUAAAUUAGAAAGGAGCAGAAAAGAGAAAUCAAAGAGUCGAAGUAAAAGGCGCUCCAGGUCAAUAUCUGUUGAUGAUAAGCAGCACGGAACUAAACAGUCAGCAAGCCGUUCUGAUAGCCGACGAUCAAAGCUCAGGGCACGUUCUAGAUCAAAUUCUUCUGAAAGUAGGCAUGGAUCAGGUCAAGAUGAAACCGUAAAGGAUGAAGUGAGAGGUCAUAGGGGUCACCAGAGAAGAUCUAGGCAGGAUGACAAUAAUCAUGGAACAACUGAGAUUAGCUUGAUGGAAGAAGAUCCUGCUAAGGGAAUGUAAACCAGUGACUGAUAGCUUCCAAUUCAUAGAGUUCUGAAUCUACGGGUUAUGGCUUGUGAUACUCAAUUGUGUGAACAUUUUAUUUUACCAUUGCAGAAAACAUGAGAAGUUUUGAGGAAGCAUGAUGUCCUGGAAGAUUGUGAUCCCAACACCCGAUGAUCAAGAAAGAUCUGUUAGACUGAAUUAAUUGCAGUUUGUAUGACGAAAACGCCUUAUUUUGCUUCUUUUGCAGGUCCUUCAUGGAACAUAACCAGAAAGUGAAGUAGCAUUAGUUGAAAGGUUGAGUAUCAAGUUUGUGCCAUCUUGGAUCAACUCUGCUGAGUUUCUUGUGAACUACUUUUUGAGCUCAUGUAUGGUGAACUUUUACCUCUGUCAGUAGGUAGUAAUUUCUUAAUUGUAUGUCUGUUUGAGGAUUUUAAUUACCCCUUAUCCUUUUAGUAAUAUCAGUGUUGUGAAGGAAGGUAUAUCAAUUACCCUUUCUUGUGAGGGAAUUGUGCCUUCCACUGAAGAAUUUGAAUGUCCUUGAGCAUUAUGUUCUCAUAUCCUGUACUCAUUAACUGAUGCGAUCUAAUGAUAGGGUAGUUUCAAAAAGCUUUCUAAUUAAGUAGCGUAGUUGUCUUAUGAAUCUAUUAUACUACCUUUGCAUGAUGAGUUAGUGAUGUUGGUAAUUCGGUAGUAGGCUCCAAUUUUAUUUACAUUUGGUGGCUUGGUGGGCCUGUUAAAUUCCAAAAACAUGCAGGUCUUGGGACUGGUUCUUGUUGGCGCUUUAUCAAUUGAAUGGGCAAAGUUAUAUCUGAUUGUAUUUGAAGGCAGGCUGCUAUUAAGGUUAAUGUAAUCAGAUGUUGCUGAGAUGAUAGUGCAUGAUGCUCCCUGAAUCGAGCAUGAAACAGAUACUCAUAUCUGUUCUUUAAUUGGUGGAACUCAAUUGUUCCAUAACAGGUGGUGCUGGAUGUAUGGGACUGAGAGCUGUAUCCUGUUGUCAAUCUAGAUGUGGUUGAUGUCACACUUAUAAUUUCCUUCUCUUCCCCCUUCCUUUUUCAUUUACAUUCACGUUUACCCUUCCCCGUCUUUCAUCUCGGCUUCUCUCCCUUGCUUUCCUCGUUUUGUUUUUUGGGGUGGUUGGAGGUUCUAUAAGAAGUAGUAUGACUAGCUAAAAGGCACAAGCAGCAAGGCGAGGAAACAUUAAUUUUGGCUGGUGAUUUGACAAUGUAUUUUUGCUAGGAUGUUUUUUUUGGACAAGGAUUAUAGCUCAAGAGUAGACACUUUGUUUAGGUGUGUAUGGGCCAUCUAUGAAAUAAAAAUCAACAGAUAUUUUUCAGUA